GGGUGCAUAUUAUAGGAAUAUCUGGAAUAAUUCCCCAGCUGACAGCCUGCAUCAGACACCCAGGGGCCACAGGGGCGACCAUGUCCGUGGCCUUUGCAUCAGCCAGACCCAGAGGGAAAGGAGAGGUGACCCAGCAAACUAUCCAGAAGAUGUUGGAUGAAAACCAUCACCUGAUACAAUGUAUAAUGGACUAUCAGAGUAAGGGCAAGACGGCCGAGUGCACCCAGUAUCAGCAGAUUCUACACAGGAAUUUGGUUUAUUUGGCAACGAUAGCGGAUUCCAACCAGAACAUGCAGUCCCUGCUCCCGGCGCCUCCGACGCAGAAUAUGAAUCUUGGCCCUGGAGGGAUGAGCCAGACGGUGCCCAGCCAGACCCUCCACUCCCAGGGUAACGUGAGUGAUGCCCUGGGUGCCAGCCUGCCCCCCGCCUCCCUCAUGCAGAGUCAGAUCAGUAACGGUCCCAGCCACGUGUCCAUGCAGCAGUCUGGACAAACCACCAUGCCAACAUCAACCAUGAGCAUGGCUGUCAGCUCACACGGCACUGCCCCCGGGUACACCCACCCUGUGCCCAGCUCCCAAAACAUGCCAAUGCAAAGCCAAGGGAGUAUUGGCAACUAUGUAUCAAGAGCCAACAUGAACAUGCCAUCUAACCCAGUAUCCAUGAUGCACCAGCAAGCAGCCAGCUCCCAUUACACCACGGCACAAGGAGGUGGCCAACAUUACCAAGCACAAUCUUCCAUCUCCAUGAUGAGUCAGAACAACCAAGGGUCUGGCAUGAUGGGACAAAGACCACUAGGUCCCUACAGACCAACCCAGCAAGGAUCUUCCCAGCAGUACCUGGGCCAGGAGGAAUAUUACAGCGAACAAUACGGUCACAACCAGGGCUCUGCGGAACCCAUGAGCCAGCAGUAUUACACAGACGGACACGGUGACUACAGCUACCAACAAUCGUCGUACGGCGAGCAGAGCUACGACAGUCGAACGUUUGAGGAUUCCUCACAACAUUACUACGAAGGGGGAAACACACAGUACAGCCAGCAGCAGUCUGGGUAUCAACAAGGAACAAGUCAGCAACAGGCAUAUUCCCAGCAGCAGUACCCCAACCAGCAGAACUACCCCGGGCAGCAGCAGGGCUACGUUCCUGCGCAGGGGGCCACCUCCCAGUAUUCCAGCUACCAGCAGGGUCAAAGCCAACAGUAUUCGGGUUACCGAGCCUCCCAGACUGCAUCUUCCGCCCAGCAGCAGAGACCCUAUGGCUAUGAGCAGGGCCAAUAUGGAAAUUACCAGCAAUAGCAAACCAGGUGAUGCCUAAU